AUGUCUUCAACAGGCCUUACUGAGACGACCCUUCGGACGACUGGAAUUGGUCUCAUGAUCUACACCACUCUCGUUGUUGGAGCCCGAGCAGCUCUAAGAGUCGAGCAGAAAACCAAAAUUCAGUGGGACGACGGCUGGCUCAUCCUGGCAUGGGUAUUCUUCAUGACAGUCUCUGGGGUCUAUGUUGGCAAAACUGACCUCAUGUUCCGAAUGCUUGCGCUUCAAGAAGGACGACUGAAGCCGUAUCCGGGGUUAACACAAGACGCACUUGCUAUCCAAGUAAUGUUCUUCUUCACGAGCCCGGGUCUUUGGUUGACACUCUGGAGUGUUAAGUUUUCCCUUUUAGCCUUUUACAAGAGAAUGAUGAUCAACGUUCCGCUAUACAUCAAGCUGUGGUGGGCUGUCCUUGUCUACUCUAUAUUGACGUGCAAGCUGAUACCCUCCAUGACUCUCAUAUUAUCAGUUACCCUCCAUAUCACGUCAUGUUCAUCUCUUCGCGCCUGGUUCACUUCAGGUGGCUGUGGCGCAACACCUGAAGAUGUCCGUGGUAGCUUGAUCAGCUUCUGGGAGGCCUUCGCCGUUGACCUUACAACCGAUAUCUUGAUCAUGCUCCUACCCGUCACCCUGAUACGAAACCUCCAAAUGCCUCUCUCGCGAAAACUUAGCGUUGGCGCUCUUUUCGCACUUGCCAUACUCUGCAUGUUGGCAUCAAUCAUUCGAGUCAUCCAGGUCGGCGCGACUACGGGUGCAAGUACUUCCACACCAUCGACGACUUGGCUCGCGUUAUGGAGUAUCAUUGAGUCGUCCGUUGCUAUCACAGUAGGAUGCGGCCCAGGCCUGUACCGCAAGGCAAAAGCCGUAUAUAGUAGCAAUCAAGGACGUUAUUACGACAACAGCCACGGAUACAUACAAACCCCCGAAAGUCGGAAAAGAUCAAAGUAUGGAACAGGAGGAAAUGGAAGUGCGUCAAGAGAUGAUAGGAAAAUCCCGCUGGAAACUCUCGUUACGAGUAACACGUCGCAUGUGCAUGGUACGGACAGCCAGGAGGAACUGGUGGGACAAGAUGUUCAAGGGAAGAUCACCGUGACAAAGUCAGUCAGGAUCAGUCGAGUUCAAGGUGAACAGUAG